AUGCCGCACAAAAACAAGCACAAGUGGGACAACUCUUUCGACAACCAUGCAAAAAACGUAAAAGCUGCGGUCAAGACUGGCUUGCUGCCAGGAAUCCUCGCCAGGCAGCUCGCGGAGACCCACGAGAACACUCGCAAAGCGCACCGAGCGCUUCACCAGUCCUCCGAGGCGCAAGAGGGGAAGCUGAAACGAGUGAUAGUGGCUCUAAACGAGGAGAAUGCGCGACUGGAGACGUGCAUCGCUACUUCGGACGCUCAGCGCACGAUCAAUGGUGACACGUUGGUAAAAGUAGAGGAAGGGCACGAGGAACAGGGUGUAAAAGUAGAGGAAGGAGACGAGGAACAGGAUCAUGAAAUGGAAGAGGAAGAGGAUGAGCUUCCGAAUGAGCCAAUUGGUAUUUAA